AUGUGUGUCGAUUAUCAAAGCUCUUUCCCUUCCUCUUCGCGUUUGACUCUCUCCUCGACUCCUCCGACGUUACAUUUUGAUCAAUCAUCAAUAAACGACGGAUCGAUAAGUGAGCAAGAGACAAUACUCGAAUCACCCUCUGACUCCCUUUUCCACGGUUUACCACCUCUUCCUCAUCAGCGUUUCGUCAACGUCAACAACGAACAGUAUAGACCGCCAUCAAACAAGAAAUUGGGUAAAAGACCGGUAUCACCUACUCUCGUCACUCCUCCAUUAUCACCAACACAAUUACCACUGAAGAAAAAGAAUAAGAUGGAUAUGCAUAUGGCUAAAGCUGGCACGAUAGCUGCUCAGUCAGCCUUUCAGACGCCCCUGGCCACUUAUGUCGCUCAAAUGGUGGUAUGGCUGUGGUACGGCGACUUUGCUCCUUCAGCUCAACAGCCGCCUUCUUCUCCUUUGUCACAUUCUCCCAUACCCAACGAUCCAUUCGAAGUCACUCAUUCCUCUUCCUCUCGUAUAUCAAGUCUCAUGGUUCAUCCCUCCGCCGACUUCAGCAAAUUUGUUUCACGCAUGCUCAGCGUGACAUCAGUCUCUCACAGCGUCACGAUAAUAGCUUUGCUGUAUGUAUACAGGUUGAAGAUGAAGAAUAAAUUCUUCUCUACUCCUGGAAGCGAACAGCGACCAUUUAUUGCUGGAUUGAUGUUGGGGAAUAAGUAUCUUGAUGAUAAUACCUAUACCAAUGCGACGUGGGCGGAGUUAGCUGGGAUGUCAUUACCCGAAAUAAACAAAAUGGAAACUGAAUUCUUGAUCGGUCUCAACUAUCAACUUGGUGUACCGGUAGAAGAAUAUACUAGGUGGAAGAAUCUCUUAGAUGGUUUCAUGACCUCUCGAGCUCCAUCCAGUGCAAUCGGUCGACAUAUCCGCCAGCUUUCUUCCGGAAAAGCACCAAAUCCUGCUACCGCCCUCACUACACCUGCUAUCGACCCCACACCCUUGUCGAUGUAUCGUGCCCGAUCCGCUUCACCCCGAGCUCUCCCUCCAUCUCAAACUGGCAACUACGUCUUCCCACCAGGACACGAACACGCAAGGAAGAGAUCCGCUGUGGAAGCGUACAACCAUGAUCCUACAUCUUCAGCCGCUAUCUAUGAAUCGCUCAGAAUGCCCCCUCGGAAAGCAGCUUUCACUCAACCCUUACAAUCUACUCAGCAUCUUCAACCUACCCUUUCUGCUGUACGAGCGAGACCCACUCCAACUCAGCGGAAUCUCGGUUCGUCAACCAUCAGAUCAAGCUCGCUCAGUAGACAGAAUGGAAGGAUGGUCUCGGAGAACCAUGGAUAUGGUAGAAGAGGAUCGGUUGGGCAUACCUGCCCUACUCCGUUGGGUCAUAUCUCGACUCAAGUAUCACCCGUCGCCAUGGAUGUACCGAUGUUCUCUGCUGGUCCAGCAGAAUGGGAUGGAGGUAGAGCGUUAUUGGCUCCGUAUGACUGUCAACCUCAGCCUCAUCUUGUCCCACCAGAACAUCUGAUGUUCUACUCUCUUGCUGCCGAACCUCAUCCUGGGGUAGAUGGAGCACCUCGAAAAGCGAUUCUUCGAUAUCAAGAACCAAACCAGUUCCCUUAUCCGGUACAACAUACAUCUUACAUGUCCACCUCAUACCCUGUACAUUCCGCUUCGGCUACACCUUACGCAUUUGACGACGUGACAAUGUAUGAUGCCAACAACAGUCCUCAGGCGCCAUAUCCAUCCAGCGCAUACCAGUAUCCUACACCUGGUACCGUCCCUCAGAUCCAGGGUCAAGGGAUGUACCACCAUACCGCCUAUCCAACUCAGAUGGGAUGGUCACCUACGCAUGUAAUUCCUGAACCUGCUCAAUUCGCUAAUGCUGGUCCACCAGGAUUCACCUAUUUCCCUAAUGACAUCGACAUCACCAACAACCCAUCUCAAUGGAAAUUCCCUCCUGUCGCUUUAGCUUCAGCUUCUACUGUGCCGACCAAUCAUAAUCAGAUGAUUGGAUUAGGAUUGAAUACCAACCAGAAUUCUAUAGGCAUGAAUGUGGAUGGUCAGAUGGUUUAUACACCACAAGGGGUGGUGUAUUCAACUACAACACCGGUAGAUGGAAUGAUCAACCAGUGGAGCUCAAGGAGUGAAUGGUCAAGUCCACUCAUCCCUAGAUACGAAUGA